AUGGAGAUGGCCCAGCUUUUCGUUUUCGUCACCAUUUUUGCAGGUGGCUGGUGGCUGUGCCAUAAUAUAUGGUUAUUUCAGAACAGGCACGAAAACUACCCAUGCUCUCCCUGGAAGAUCACGAACAACAUUCCAUCCCUUCAUUGGUGGCCCACGGAAGUGCCUAGGAGGAAAUUUACUCUCAAGCUGGCAAAGUACACAACCUGUCGGCUGGUCCAAUGUUUCAGCGCCAUCACGUUGGAUAGUCCCAACAUUGAAGUUGAUUUUGACUGGCAGGGGGAGAUCAAGUACCAUAUCGGACUUACGAUGUCCCCGGAAGAUGGUCUUCUCGUCAGAAUGAAGACUACAUAA